AUGGGCGAGACAAACUUAACAGUCAUUUCAAGUUUUAUUUUUCUGGGGUUUACUCACUACCCCAAAGCUGAAAGCAUCAUAUUUCUGCUGUGCUUGCUGAUGUAUCUGGUCACCUUGCUGGGUAAUAUCAUUCUAAUCUCCAUCACCAUCCUGGAUUCCCGCCUACACACACCCAUGUACUUCUUCCUCAGCAACCUCUCUUUUCUGGACAUCUGGUAUACUUCUUCGACUCUCACUCCGAUGCUGGCAAAUUUUGUUUCAGAGAAAAACACCAUCUCAUUCCCAGGAUGUGCCACUCAAAUGUACUUCUCUCUCGCUAUGGGCUCCACUGAGUGUGUGCUCCUGUCUAUGAUGGCGUAUGACCGAUAUGUAGCCAUUGGCAACCCCUUGAGGUAUCCCAUUAUCAUGAACAGGAGGGUUUGUGCGCAGAUUGCAGCAGGCUCCUGGGUGACAGGCUGCCUCACCGCCCUGGUGGAAACGACGUCUGUGCUGCAUCAGUCUCUCUGUGGAAAUAGCAUCAUCAACCAUUUUGCUUGUGAAAUUCUGGCUGUCUUGAAACUGGUUUGUGAAGACACUUCCACGGUGCAAUUAAUUAUGCUGGUAGUCAGUAUAUUUCUUCUUCCUGUGCAGAUGCUUCUCAUUUGUAUCUCUUAUGUGUUCAUUCUCUACCACAUCCUAAGAAUCACCUCAGUGGAUGGUCGAAGCAAAGCCAUUUCAACAUGUGCAGCUCACCUAACUGUGGUGGUUUUGUUCUAUGGGACAGCGCUCUCAAUGUACCUGAAGCCCUCAGCAGUAGAUUCACAGGAAAUAGACAAAUUUAUAGCUUUGGUAUAUGCUGGAUUAACCCCCAUGUUGAAUCCUAUCAUUUAUAGUCUACGAAACAAAGAGGUGAAAGUGGCUGUGAAAAAAUUACUGCUUAGGAACCCUCUUCAUGCUUUUUUUAAUCCAUAG